CUGAACGAUAACAACGUAGAGUCUCUCCAUCUCUAUUUCUCCAGCACUUCGAUCCCGAGUCCCCUCCCCCUCCGCCUCCGCCUCCGCCUCCGCCGUCGCCUCCAGAGCCCGGCUCUCUCUCUCUCUUCUCCCUCUAGCACUCCCCCACCGCCUCCGCCUCCGACGCCGACGCCGACGCCUUCUGCACUCUGAAAAGUCGCGCACCCUCCGACGCGACGCCUCCGACGCCGACGACGAAGGCCCACGGCCCUAGCCCUAGCUGACGCCGACGUCGACGACGAAGCCCGACGCCCUAGCCGCCGCCCUAGGCCUAGCCGACGCCGACGCCGACGUCGACGACGAAGCCCGACGCCCUAGCCGCCGCCCUAGGCCUAGCCGACGCCGACGCCGACGCCUCCGCCUCCGCCUCGACUCGCUUUGCACCUCUCGACGCCGACCCAAAUAUACUGUGCUGCGGUCAGAUACUCGCCUUGUACACUAUAUGUCACAUCUUCCUUUUGUUUAGUUCAUCGAUUUAUGGUUUGGAUUUUGAAGUUUGGGUUUUAGCUUUUUUGAAACUUUUCUUUUUUUUUUCACUUGAUCGUCAUUUCUUGUUUACCCCUCCUGGUGAUGAGAAUUUUGCCGUGAUGUUAUUAAGGUUUGGAUGAUAUUCUUGCAAUCAGUUUAUGUUAAUCUUAUCUCGUUAUUUGUUCGUGUUCCAUAUAUUCCCGACUGCCUCCUGCUUCUGCUGAUUUGAUCAGUAACGACUUCAUGCCUCGCUCUCUCGUAACAAGUGUUUGUUUUUUAUUCUUUUGUUAGAUCACGUCUCUGUCUUGCUAGUGAGGUCGUAUCUGCGGAAUUUAUGUGACGUUCGAAGGCCCAAUGCUGUUAAAAUUCACGAGUCACCGGCGAAUGUGAGGGUUUUGGUAACUAGAGGCUCUGUUGGCUCGCUGAGAAAAUGCAAGGAUAGGGAAGAAGCAUCAUGCGGUGGCCUACCUUGAAUGAACUCAAUAAGUUCAGCCGUGUUUUCGCAUUCGUCGUGUCGCCGGCUUCAUAAUCAUUCGAUAGAGGAUGGGUUGUGUAUCAAUUUUUUCUACCCAUAUCAGGGAGAACACAAAAGGCCCUUACUACUGCCUGAUGAAUUGCCUUUGCAAAUUGAAUCAAUACAGAGUUACCACUACUUCUGCUCUUGCUAGCUAGGGGAUAUAUUAUUUCAUUUCUAUCAAUUCCUUUUGAAUUAGGGGGAAUCUGUAACGUUUUUUCUGCUUGUUUUUGUCCUAUUCUGGGCAUCCAUGUUGACGGUACUACUUAGAUAUAAGUUGAACAACCAGCGGCCUUUCAGAAAAUAGAUGCCACAUGAAUUUUGUGCUAGUUCAUUCCCCAUUCAAUAGUUCAUUUUCGGAGAAGCUCGACAAAAAGUCAUUUUUUCUCAAUAGGUUCAUUGAUCCGGUGGUGAAUGGAGAUUAUCCAAGCAUAAUGAGAAGCUUGGUGAAGGACAGAUUACCCACUUUCACUGCAGAGGAGAAGAAGCUGAUGAAGGGGUCUUUCGACUUCAUCGGUAUCAAUUACUAUUCAUCGACCUAUGCUCAAAACGUCCCAGAAGAUGAACGCAAAGUGCCAACUAGCUACUCUACCGAAUUGUCCGUGAAGGAAUCUACAACCAAGAACAGCAUACCAAUUGGUGCAAAGUCUGAAGGGAUUGAGUGGAUAUAUAGGUAUCCAGAUGGUCUGGUGCAAAUUUUGGACUAUAUAAAGCGGAAGUACCAAAACCCAAAGAUUUACAUUACUGAGUACGGUGUCACUGAAGCAAAGGUAGAGGGCCGUCCACUGGCCAAUGCACUGAAUGAUCCUCACAGGAUUGAUUGCUUGAAGCAGCCAAGUGGUACAAGGCUUUUCUCCAAGAUAACCGAUGACCAACCAUAACUGGCUGCUCUCAACUGUUGUCGCCUUUGUCUGAAUAUUCUGUUUUAUCUUCUUAUCAUAUAGUGAGCUGUACUAUUGUUUAUCAGAGUGAUAUCCUCUUUGGAAGUACACGUUACCAUGAGGAUUGUAAUUUGUCGGACUAGUGCUAUAAUAAUUUGAAGAGUUUCAAUAA